AUGUCUGCCACGAAAAACAGAGAUUUAGAUGAUGAAGGCGCCGGAUCUGCUGCAGGACCCAAGAAACAUCAUUUCACGCCUCUGGAAUUACAAAAGAAACAAUUGGACAGGCUGCUGGAGAAGAUCGACAAGCCCAUCCAUAUCCCAGAACGGCCCAAUCAAAAACGAACUACGAGGGAACCCAAGGAUUAUGUCAAGAAUGUUCAAGGAUCGAGUGCAGGAGCAGGAAGUGGAGAGUUCCAUGUCUAUAGAGCAGGACGUAGGCGAGAAUAUGCGCGACUGAGGAACAUGGAACUGGAGUCAAAAGAGGAACGUGAGCAACGCGAAUAUGAGGAAAAGAUUCGAGCGAAACGGACAGCGGAUGAGGAAAAGACAGACAAGAACAGAGUGAAGCGGCAGAGGCGGAAACAGAGGGCAGCAAACAACAAGAUGAGCAAGAGGAAGGGCGACACUCGAUCAAGCGACGACGAGGAACACGACCAAGAGGAUCAGGAAGAUAGGAAGCAAUCGCAACACGAAUCCGUCAGCGAAAAGCAAUAG